UAGAAUUGUCGCUUUGUAAACGGUUUCCUCCGUGUAAAAAAUAAUAUUUGUUUAUGUUGGUUGUCCCCGGCUGUGGAUGGGCAGGCGCUGCGCCUUUAACGAGCCGUUGUCCCCGGUCUCUCGCACCCAUCACCGUGUUGCUCUCCGUCUCUUCCCCAUUUCGCUGCUUUGAAUUUAUUGUCGCUCUUUUGUAUCAUCAUGGCUGCUCAUUCUAGUGAAGAACCGUUCCCCUUCCACGGACUGCUCCCCAAGAAAGAGACCGGCGCCGCCUCCCAUCUGUCCAGGUUCCCCGAAUAUGACGGGCGAGGGGUGCUCAUCGCUAUCCUCGACACCGGAGUGGAUCCCGGUGCCCCCGGCAUGCAGGUCACAACUGAAGGGAAGCCAAAGAUUGUGGACAUCAUCGAUACCACAGGCAGUGGGGACGUGAACAUGACUACGGUGGCAGAAGCCAAAGAUGGGACAAUCACUGGUCUGUCUGGUAGAAUACUUAAGAUUCCUCCAGCAUGGGUCAAUCCAACAGGGAAGUUUCGCAUUGGAGUUAAAAAUGGCUAUGAAUUCUUCCCCAAGGCUCUUAAAGAAAGGAUACAGAAAGAGCGAAAGGAGAAAAUAUGGGAUCCGGCACACAGAGCGGCACUUGCUGAGGUCUGUCGCAAGUUAGACGAGUUUGAGCUCUCCCAUCCGACUCCUUCACAGAGUGAGAAGCUGCAGAAAGAAGAGCUGCAGAGUCAGUCAGAGCUUCUAGCAUCCCUGGAAAAGAAGUACAGCGAUCCUGGUCCUGUGUAUGACUGUGUGCUCUGGCAUGACGGAGUCACGUGGAAGGCUGUGGUGGACACAUCUGAGUGUGGGGAACUGUCGCAGUGCACUGUGCUCAGCUCCUACAAAGAAAACCAAGAGUAUGCCUCAUUAGGAACUGUGGAGAUGCUUAAUUAUUCCAUAAACAUUUACGACGAGGGAAGCACACUCUGCAUCGUCACCAGUGGAGGGGCUCAUGGGACACAUGUUGCAAGCAUUGCAGCUGGCUACUUCCCAGAGGAACCCGAGCGUAACGGUGUGGCCCCUGGUGCACAGAUUCUGGCUCUGAAAAUUGGUGACACUCGCCUCAGCACCAUGGAAACGGGAACUGGACUCAUACGCGCCAUGAUUGAAGUCAUCAACUACAAGUGUGACCUGGUGAAUUAUAGCUACGGGGAAGCCACCCAUUGGCCCAACUCAGGGAGGAUUUGUGAAGUGAUCACAGAGGCUGUGCAGAAGCACAAUGUGAUUUUUGUGUCCAGUGCGGGGAACAAUGGCCCCUGCCUUUCCACUGUUGGUUGUCCUGGAGGAACCACCAGCAGUGUCAUAGGGGUUGGCGCUUAUGUGACCCCAGACAUGAUGGUGGCAGAGUAUUCCCUUCGAGAGAAGCUGCCUCCCAACCAGUACACCUGGUCGUCGCGGGGCCCCAGCACUGAUGGAGCCUUGGGGGUUAGCAUCAGUGCUCCCGGCGGCGCCAUCGCAUCUGUUCCGAACUGGACGCUUCGGGGGACACAGCUGAUGAAUGGCACAUCCAUGUCAUCCCCAAAUGCCUGUGGAGUCAUCGCACUAGUUCUCUCAGGUCUGAAGCAGAUUGGGAUCCGUACGUGUGUUCCUGCUGUGAGGAGAGCGCUGGAAAACUCGGCUCUUAAAGUUGAAGACAUAGAAGUGUUUGCACAGGGACAUGGAAUCAUUCAGGUGGACAGAGCGUUAGACUACCUCACUCAGAACGCUUCUUUACCCACAAGCCAGCUCGGUUUCACAGUCAGUGUGGGGUCACAGAGAGGCAUUUACCUCAGGGAUCCAUCCCAGGUCCUUGCACCUUCAGAUCACAGUGUUGGAAUUGAACCCAUCUUUCCAGAAAACACAGAAAACUCUGAGCGAAUCUCCUUGCAGCUCCACUUGGCCCUCACCUGCACUGCGCCGUGGGUUCAGUGUCCCUCCCAUCUCGAGCUGAUGAACCAGUGUCGUCACGUUAAUGUUCGCGUCGAUCCUCUGGGACUGAGAGAAGGAGUGCAUUACGCAGAGGUGUGUGGCUACGACACAGCAGCACCCGGCUGUGGCCCGCUGUUCCGAGUGCCAAUCACGGUUAUUAUACCUGUCAAAGUGACAAACAGUCGUAACCAGGAGGUGAGUUUCACAGAUGUCCACUUUAGACCAGGACAGAUCAGACGGCACUUUAUCACCGUUCCUCAGGGAGCCUCUUGGGCAGAGAUCACACUGACGUCUCACUCAGGAGACGUGUCAUCAAAGUUUGUUCUUCAUGCGGUGCACCUGGUCAAGCAGAAAGCCUAUAGAGCGAACGAAUUCUACAAGUUCUCCUCAUUGUUGGAGAGAGGAUCUCUAACAGAGGCUUUCCCCGUUUUGUCGGGUAGGGUUGUGGAGCUGUGCAUAGCUCGUUGGUGGGCUAGUCUGGGAGACGUCACUGUGGACUACAGCAUCUCGUUCCAUGGCCUCUGUGUUUCUCCUUUGCCGCUCCACAUCCACGCUUCAGAGGGAGUGGCUAGUUUUGACGUGUCUUCGCCUCUACGGUAUGAGGAGGUUUCUCCCUCAAUCACCCUUAAAUCAUGGGUACAACCUCUGAGGCCUUUGAGUUCAAAGAUAAAGGCCUUGGGAAUGCGAGAUGUUCUACCCAAUAACAGACAACUCUAUGAGAUUGUCCUUACCUACAACUUUCACCAGCCUAAGAGCGGUGAAGUUACGCCCAGCUGCCCCAUGCUGUGCGAGCUCCUAUACGAGUCUGAAUUUGACAGUCAGCUGUGGAUGCUGUUUGACCAAAACAAGAGGCUGCUUGGUUCAGGAGACGCCUACCCGCAUCAGUAUGCGCUGAAGCUUGAGAAGGGGGACUACAGCGUUCGCCUUCAGGUCCGUCACGAACAGUCCAACGAGCUGGAGCGCCUGAAAGACCUGCCGUUUGUGGUUUCUCAUCGUUUAUCCACAACCCUCAGUCUGGAUAUCUACGAGACCCACCGGGCGGCUCUCAUGGGCAAGAAGAAGGCAAACUCCGUCACUUUGUGUCCGGGUACCACACAUCCAUUUUACAUCACUGGUCUGCCAGAUGACAAGAUUCCUAAAGGAACAAGUCCAGGCUGCUACAUUUUGGGAUCUCUCAUUGUGCCUAAGAGCGAGUAUGGCAAGAAAGCAGGGCAGGCUUCCGCAAAACGACAAGGAAAAUUUAAAAAGGAUAUUAUUCCAGUCAUCUACCACUUGAUUCCCGCUCCCAACAAAACAAAGAACGGUGGGAAGGAAAAGGAGAAGGACAAGGAGGGAGACAAAGAGAAGGAUGUGAAGGAGGAGUUUGCAGAGGCUAUGAGAGACUUGAAAAUUCAGUGGAUGACAAAGUUAGAUUCCAGCUCAGUCUAUGAUGAACUGGUUGAACUCUAUCCAGAUUACCUUCCGCUGCAUGUGCAGAGGCUGCAUCAGCUGGACAACGAAAAGGAGCGUGUGAAGCAUCUCGGAGAGGUGGUGUCCGCAGCAGACGUGGUCAUCUCGCACAUCGACCAAACAGUCUUAGCCGUGUACCUCUCCCUGAAGACUGAUCCCCGGCCGGACGCCGCUUCCAUCAAGACAGACAUGGAGAAGCAGAAGUCCUCUUUGCUGGACGCGCUGUGCAGGAAAGGCUGCGCUCUGGCUGACCAGCUGCUGCUGCCCUCUGCCACGCAGGAUGGCGCCGGCGCCGUCUAUGCAGGACAGACUCCAGCAACAGAGGCCGUGGAGCAGGUGGCCAGCAGCUGUGAUGAUGUCCUGCAGAACGUGGCCACGGCUCUCACAGAUGUAUUUUGGGAGGUUCAAAAAUGGGCGGAGCUAACCGACACUAAGGUUUUGUCGUUUUCCUACAAACACGCUCUCGUGAGUAAGAUGUAUGGGCGAGCCUUAAAAUAUGCUUCCAAGAUGGUGGAGGAGAAGCCCAGCAAAGAGAACAUGAGAAACUGCAUCCAGCUCAUGCAUCAACUUGGAUGGACUCACUGUUCUGCGUUCAGCGAGAACUGGCUUCCUGUCAUGUAUCCUGCAGACUACACACCCUUCUAAGAGCAUGCACAAGAGCAUGCAUGAGCAGCAUGGCCAUAUUUAUUAUCUGGGUUUUGGUUUUGUUUUUUUGUAGCUGAUUGUCCAGCUGUGAACAUUUUUCAUCUUUGUCUUUUUGGCACAAAAGGAAUCUAGUUUGAUGCCCAGCACACCUUGUGAGGGGAACGUUUAUCCUGCAGUCAAACUGGCUCUGCUGAUGUUUUGAAUUCAGCCAACAGAGGGGGGGGGGAUUUAGCUCGCAACUCAUUUUGGUUGGCUGUUGGUCUGCAGUAUUUCAUAUCCAUCCGUCAUCAGGUGUCUACAUCAAAAGAAAAGCCAGUUUAGACUCAAAUGCAUAAAAAAGACCAGGAUUCUGCUCCUUUCAAGUUGCUUCAAUGAAAACUAAAACUGACUGACUUGCUGCUGCACCAUGUUCAGACCCGCAGACUGAUCAUAGAAUAAAAAGGGACACGUGUUCGGACUUCCAUGUUUUAUUAUUAUUUUCUCUGUUGCUCCAUCCAGGUGUCUAUGGUAGAGUCUUUGUUGCAUUUUUAACUGUCUCAGUGUUGAGGUGCCUUUCUUCAUGUACCUUACUGUUUCUGUUGGGAGGAAAUUAACUGAGAUUUUUUUUUUAGCACAUUUCAUCUGUGGUUUCACCCACCAGCUUCCUGUCACAAUCACUCAUAUCACUUUGGCGCCAUAUUUGAUUUCUCAGCGGACCUCACAAUGAUCCAGGCAGCAGGAGGAUGUUCAUAGAUGACUUUGAUUUUUUUUUGUCCAGUAUUAAACAGUUUUUGUUUUUUUGUGCUGUUCAGACGGCUGCACUUGGUCAGUGACUUAUAAUACUGUACAUACACAACACACCAAUAUAAGACACAAUAGAUAUUUAAUACAAAUAUUAUUGUCAUUGGAGUAUUUUGCAUAUAUGCAUGUUUUUAGAGUGUAAGCAGAACUCUUUAGAAGUAGAUUUUUGUUUCAACCUGGUAGAUUUUAAAUAUUUGACUUGUUUUUUUUUUUUAAAGAUAUUUUUUGCAAACAUAUACCUGUUUUCUUGCGUACACAAAUAUCUGGGUACACACAUUUCUCAAUGCAAAUUCAAUCAUUUUAAGGAACAGCUUGAGUUCUAGCUGUUGUUUUUUUUUAAAUCACAAACCUUUAAAUGUUAAGUUUUCACCUUGGAUUUGAUUGUGCAAGCGUUUUUUUUUUUUUUUUUUUUUUUUUUUUAAGAAUACGUCUAUAUGGAUUGUGUUUGCUGGAGCUGGAUGGUGUUGGAUUUAGUCAUCCCCACCCUCUUGGCAAUCAGAAAAGACUAUUUGGAACCUUAUCUAACCAGCUUUUGUAAAAGGUUUUGUUGAUAUGCAAGAGUUUAUGAUGUGUGAAAAGGUUGUUGACACUUUUCAUUAGUGAAGAAAUAACUGUAGACUUUAAAUGCCUAUACCAAUUUGACACCAUUUAGACCUUUGGAGUGGAAACACUCAACAUCUACGAUUUUAUUAAUUAGAAAAGUUUAAAUAAAACUAUAAGUUUAAAUGAUGAGCUAAAAUAUUGAGGAAAUGUUUAAGUUCAACCAUUUUUAGCACCAUCGGCAAGGUCAACUGGAUGGGUUUGUCAUAUUUUCUGUUUUUAUCCUGCCUCACUCUUUUUAUUUUUUUUUAUUGUGUGUUGAUUUAACAACCCAUAUCUUCAGGACUGAGCUCUACUGUGCAUGUUGCCAAUGACAGUCUCCAAAAUGGCCUUACUUUUCAACACAGGAUUCUUACCUGCAACCUCUGACAUGGAACAGACUCUUCCCUUCUGUUGCUGUCACUCUGCUCGCAUCAGGAAAGCUCCACAGAAAUGCUAAUCAUGGAUGUUACGUGUUUAUAUUUAUAGCCAUAGGAUUUUAAAGAAUGUUUCGAGGUAAAGGUUGAAUGUUUGUUUCAUGUUUUUACCCCUCUGUUCUGGAUGGGUUUGGGAAAUGUCAUGGUUUUUUUUUCUUUGACUUCAUAUAGAGAUAAGUCACAAAUUACACUCAAUAAAAUUAUUUGGAAGAAGUUG